AUGGAGCCCGAGAUACUUGAGCCCUCUUGGUCGUUCUAUGGAGGCAUAAGCUCAAUUUUUGAUCAAGUUGAGUCUUUUGACUUCAACAUGGAUGCUUCAUUGUUCACUGCUUCGGAGGAUACUUGUUCUGAGAUUACUUCCAAUCUCCCCUUUCCUUCUACCCUCUUCCUCGAUAAUCAUGUCUACUGUACAAUUGAUGAGAACAGCCUUCAAUUCCCAUCAUUGAUUGAUGAUUUCUCCAUGGAUCUUGAUGGUUUUGAUCCCACUUUCAGUUCUCAAAGUCUGGGAAACCAUGGAUCUGCACAAGAGCGUGAGGGAAGCCUUCCUUCAAAGAAAUUGUGUUUUGAGACAGAAGAUGUUUGGAGUCCAACCCCAUCUACGCAAUCAGACAUGUCUACACCAUCACUCAUCAUACCAGCAGAGGACGUGGAGAUGGAGAACCAGGUGAGUCUUCCUCAUCUUCUGGAAGCCAUUGGAGAAGCCUUGGAGCAAGGACAGAACGCACUUGCACAAGUGAUUCUGAGACGCAUCAGCCACAAAGCAAGCCCUCUUGGUGAUCCCCUUGAACGUCUGGCAUUCAAUUUGUCCCAAAAUCAUAAUGCUACAGAGCAAGGGAUUUUCAUCAAACAGGAGGCCAGCAAAAGCUUCCUCCACGCUUUUAAGGCUAUCUACCAAGGCCUCCCACACGGCAAAACUGCUCAUUUUGCGGCCAAUUCAGCAAUUCUGGAUUCCAUACCAGCUGAUUCAGAAGUCAUACAUAUAAUAGACUUUGAUAUGGGAGACGGGUGUCAAUGGCCUCCAUUGAUGGAGGCUAUCGCUCAACGGCGCAAAACUUUGAAAUUGACGUCAAUAAGACACGAAGAAGAGGACAAUCUUGAUGCUGAUUUUGCUUCAACCCAAUGGAAAUUUAAAGAAAUCAGAAGUAACCUGUAUGAGCAUGCCAAAUCAUGUGGUUUGAAGUUGAAGGUGGAGGAACAGAGUAUAGAGGAAUUGGUGACAGAUCUCAAGAAAUUGAACAAAAGAGGAGGGCAUGGAAAUGGAAAGAGAAGUUUCGUGGCCUUCAAUUGCAUGGCGGGUCUUCCACAUAUGGGGAGGGUCCGAAGUAGAAACCAUGUCUUGGAAUUCCUUAGGGUAGCAAAAGAUUUCAUCAAAAGUGCACCUUCCAACAGGGGAAUUAUAGCUUUUGGUGAUGGAGAAGCCUGUGAGAAACUGAGAAACAGCACCAAUUUCAUGUCCUUCUUUAAUGGCCAUUUGGAGCAUUACCAUGCUUUAUUAGAAUCCAUAGAAUCAAAUUUCCCAUUCCAAUUCUCAGAGGCAAGAACAGCUAUGGAGAAUCUAUUCGUGGCGCCAUAUAUAUCAUGUGAGGAUUGGCUUCGGAGGUGGGAGGAGAUGAGACAAUGUGGAAAUGUUCAAUCAGAAAUAGAGUUAGAGGGUGGAAGCUUGCGGGAAGAGACAUUAACGGAAGUUGGAGAAAUGCUGAGAGGAAUGGAAGGGUGGUAUGAGGUUAAGAUUGAAGGCAAUAAUGGCAACGAGAUGGCUCUGCAAUGGAAAGGAACGCAGCUUCUGAGAAUUUCAAUACGGGCAAAUUGA